UGUAUUGUUUAACUUUCGUGUGUUCAGGCGUGUUCUGUCGUUCUGUGUGAAUAUGAAGUUUACUGAAGAGCAAACUUGUAAACUCAUGGAGUUGUACCAUGAAUAUGACUGCCUGUGGAAUCUCGGUACUAUUCAUUAUAGAAAUCGAAACAAAAGACAAGCCGCAGAGGUGGAAAUCGUACAAAGGUUGGGAAUUGCUGGCUUUGGAGUUAACGAGCUGAAGCAGAAAAUAAAAAACCUCAGAUGCACUUACAACCAAGAGUGCAUUGAAAUACAGAAGUCGAAGAAAUAUGGAUCGGGCUCUACUGAAGUUUAUGUACCUAACCUAAAAUGGUUCCCUGUAAUGGAUAACAUAAUUAAAAGUGCAAAAGGAAAUAAAAAAACUGAAGACUCUGUGGAAUCUGUUAUACAGAAGACCCAAAACAUAGAGGAAAAAGAGCUUGAGCCAAUUAUCGAUGACCCUGAUUCCAAUUUGGAGUCAACAACUCAAACACAGGCACAGCCCAUCCGGGAUAUAUUUUCCGUCAAGAGAUCGGCAUCAGAAAAGGCCAAAGAAAAGAUUAAGAAGAGAAAGAUUGAACAUUUAGCUGAUGCAGUACAGAAUCUCCGUCAUGUCACCGAAUCUGUAUAUGAAAACGAAAACAAUACAAAUGAACAUGACGCAUUUGGCAACUUUGUUGCAGCUAGCCUAAAAGUAUUACCAACGGCAAAAGCAUUGCUAGCUCAAAGUGAAAUCCAGGGUAUUUUAAUGAAACACAGAUUAAGUAUUAUCUCUCAAGAGAACACAUGGACUCAGUCAACGAUAGUCGCCCUUCAACAGCCUCUGAUUUGGUGUUUAUCGACCAAGGAGGUAUCCCUCAGGAAGUAA